AUGAUAAACCAAUCCGACCUGCCCUUCCGUCUUCUCGCCCGCUCGCAUGGCGCCACACUCGCCUAUACUCAAAUGCUUAUCCCAGAACGCAUCCUCAACGACCAAGAAUACCUCGAAUUCCACCAGAGAGAGCUGGGUAUGCAAGUCGAGAGGCCGGUAGUUGUUCAAGUGUGUGGGAAUGAAGUGGAGAGUGUGGUUCAGGCUGCGAAGAAGAUGGUUGGGCUUUGUGACGGGGUUGACUUAAACCUUGGUUGUCCUCAAGAAGCUGCUCGCGAAGGCCAUUACGGAGCCUACUUACUCGGACAAAAAGAUUGGCCACUGGUCGAAUCCCUAGUCUCCUCCCUUGUACAGUCACUUCCCAUUCCCGUAUCCACUAAGCUGCGGCUUUGUCAACCCACCCCUUCGACUGUCACUUUGGCCAAACGCCUAGAGCAUGCCGGCUCCUCCUGGAUAACGCUUCAUGCGCGCCAUUCUUCGGCACGCCGCAGACGCCAAGGUGCGGCCGAUUUGGAGCAGGUGAGGAUAUUGAAAGAGGCUGUCUCCAUUCCGGUGGUCAGUAAUGGGAACGUGAGGACCUGGGAUGAUGUGGUAAAGAAUGAGGAGCUUACUGGGGCAGAUGGGAUUAUGGUGGGAGAAACGUUACUCGGAAAUCCUUGUCUGUUCGAAGGAAUGGUUCCAGAUCCCGUACAAAUUUCUCUCGAAUACCUGUCCAUCUGCCGUGAUCAUCCAAACACGGCGACGCUAGAGACCAUACAAACACAUAUACGGCACUUCGUCGACUUCCAGUGGUAA